AUGAUUCAUGAUGGGGAAUACAUCAUCACUUCCGGAUCAUUUAUCAAUGGUGCAGCUCAUCAUACCCUUCAUCAUUUAUAUUUCAAUUAUAAUUACGGACAAUAUUUUACUAUUUGGGAUAAAAUUGGUGGUAGUCACCGUCUUCCUGGUGAAGAACAAUUUAAUAAAAAAUUAAGGAAAGAUGAAGUGAUUUGGGAAAAACAAUCUAAGGAAACCAAUUUGGAUAAUGAGGAUCUUGAUCAAAAACGGUGA